UAUAAAGAAGUGGAUCUAAUAGACUCUCAUUCUUGCCUAUGUACAUCGUUAGAGAGAGAAGAUACGCGUAAAAAUAGCUGCAAAACUAGUUUAGAAAAGAAAACUGAUGUAAGGACAGAGUUCAGAUGAUGAAGAACACGGCAGUGAUGAAUAAGUGGGAAGGAUUCCGGUGUAUUCAGGAUUAAGGUGACGCGUUCGCAAAGAGGUGAAACGCUCCUUAGAUUGACUUAAAGGAAAUUCAAAUAUGGAAUUAUAAGUUUAAAUAUUUUUUUAGUGAUGAAAAUUAUUAUUGUUGAGUUUGUUGAUAUAAUUUUGACUGAAAAAUUUAUUUUAUGAGUGCUUUGAAGCUCUGUUCGGAAAGUUUUUCUCCAUUUUAAAACUACAAUUGAAUGAUUGCUGAUAUUUUAAUGAAUCUUCCGAGGACGAGGAAAAAGAUAUUUCAAACACUCGGCUGACCCCGGAUUUAGUAUUGAUCACGAUUUAGCACUGACACUUACUUUAUUAAUACCAACAAUGACGCAACACGGAAUUUUAAACAGAUCUGACUUCGGUCGGUUGUCUGUAAUGGAUUUUCUCCAAAGAAUAGAUGACACACUGGAAAAAACAUUCGAUUCCGGAGACAAGGAAAUAAGAACUUGGUUCUUAGUCAGACAAAAUACGUUACCAUUUGUACUAUGUUGUUCUUACGCCUUAUUCUGUACAGUCAUUGGCCCAGCAAUGAUGAAAAAUAGAAAACCAUUUAAUCUAAGGAUGCCUAUGAUACUUUUUAAUGCAUUUUUAGUAGUGGCAUACUCCAUUUCUUUAUUCACUAUUUUAUUCAACUUACCUCAAGUUAGCUAUUCUGAUUUUUGCAAAGGUUCGGCGGUGAAAAAAGGAACUUUAACAUAUAAGUUGACAAGUUGCUGUUGGGUAUUAUACAUCCUGAAAUAUAUAGAAUUCAUUGAUACAAUCUUUUUCAUUUUGAGGAAAAAAAUGAACUCUGUGACAUUCCUACAUGUUGUACAUCACACAGUUGUGCCAAUACUGGGUUGGAUAAUGCUAAGGACAGAAACAAGUGGUUUUCAAAGUAUACCUGUGAUGAUAAAUGGAUUUGUACAUAUCAUCAUGUAUGCAUACUAUGGACUAUCAGCAAUUGGGCCCAAAAUGAGACCAUAUUUAUGGUGGAAAAAAUACUUGACUGUUUUUCAAAUGGUAAAGUCUGAUAUUUCUUUCUUUGUUUUUAUCACUUAUCGUUCAACGACAAUUAACGUAACUCAAAUUAUAUUACCUUUGUCUUUGUUUGAAAAUUUCAAUAAAAUGUAAUAUUUGGAAUUAUAU